UGCUGUAACUAUUUGCCGCAAAUUCAAAACCGCAAAAGCUCAGUGACCAGAACUGGAACAUCGCCACCUGCUUUCUCUCUCCUCUACAUUCUUUUCAAAAAAAAAAAAAUUCUGGGUUUAUUCACAAUCAGUGAUAUUCGUCGAGGGUGAAAUUCGAGGAUACGGGUGGAUUGUUUGGUGUUGAUGUGAAUAUUUGAAUGUACAAAGAAUUACUUUAUAGUACAAAUUAAAGAAAGGAUUUUUCAAUGUUGAGUUUCAAUAGGAUCAGAGCUCAGCCGAGGGGCAAUCGAUCUAUGUCUUUAGGAGGCAUGGAAUAUGCGGAUCCGAAGAAGAAGAACAAUUUUUGUGGUAAAAUCUUGAUGGUUUCCACUCUUACAGCAUUCUGCAUUCUUAUGCUCAGACAUUCCCCAAAUUUCAACACCCCGACCCAAUUCUCUAGUCAUGAACCUGGUGUGACUCAUGUAUUGGUAACGGGAGGUGCUGGAUUCAUCGGUUCACAUGCUGCGUUACGGCUUCUUAAGGAUUUUUAUCGUGUGACUAUAGUGGAUAAUCUCUCGCGGGGAAACCUUGGUGCCAUUCGUGUCCUGCAACAGUUAUUCCCUGAGCCGGGGAGGCUUCAGUUUAUUUAUGCCGAUCUUGGGGAUGCUAAAUCGGUCCGGAAAAUUUUCUCCGAGAAUGCAUUUGAUGCAGUGAUGCAUUUUGCCGCUGUAGCAUAUGUCGGAGAGAGUACUCUCGAUCCACUCAAGUAUUAUCACAAUAUUACAUCGAACACUCUCGUUGUAUUAGAAGCGAUGGCGGCUCACAGAGUGAAGACAUUAAUUUAUUCGAGCACAUGUGCAACGUACGGGGAACCUGACAAGAUGCCGAUUACAGAAGAAACCCCACAGGUUCCCAUAAAUCCAUAUGGAAAAGCCAAGAAAAUGGCAGAGGAUAUCAUUCUUGAUUUUCAUAAGAAUUCUGAGAUGGCUGUCAUGAUUCUUAGAUACUUCAAUGUGAUUGGUUCUGAUCCUGAGGGAAGGCUCGGUGAAGCUCCCCGGCCAGAACUACGUGAACAUGGACGGAUAUCUGGCGCUUGCUUCGACGCUGCUCGCGGAAUCAUCCCAGGUCUCAAGGUUCGUGGAACAGAUUACAAGACUUCCGAUGGCACCUGCAUCCGUGACUACAUUGACGUGACCGAUCUCGUGGACGCUCACGUCAAAGCCCUCGAGAAAGCCAAACCCGGGCACGUAGGCAUCUACAACGUUGGUACGGGAAAAGGAAGUUCAGUGAACGAGUUUGUGGCAGCGUGCAAGAAGGCGACGGGGGUGCCUAUAAAGGUCGACUUCCUUCCCCGGAGGCCUGGGGACUACGCAGAGGUGUACAGCGACCCGUCGAAGAUCAGGAACGAGCUGAACUGGACAGCAAGGCACACCAACCUCGAAGAGAGCUUGCAGGUCGCGUGGAGAUGGCAGAAGGCGCACCAGAACGGGUACGGGUCGAUGUCUGCGUAAAUAGAGCUCGUAUUUCGUAACGGAGGACUAACAUGAACGAACCCCCGACCGGACCGGAUCGGAGCCUCAAUUUUGGGUAGUGUUGGUAGUGUUAUAGGGAGGAGAGGAGUUGAGGAGAGGGGUGUGAUGUAUUCUUUUUACAUCUCUAUUGAGAUACGUUUGUUUGAUAGUAGAAUGGUAGGGAUCGAUUCUAUAAUGAUUUAUGCGUUUGAAUAAUAGUUUAUGAGAGGCAUAGCUUAUUCUUAUUCA